UCUCCUGGUUGUUUAUUCAGUUUUGGCCCAACUGCUGUUGUGUGCCACCUACAGGGGAACAAUGGUGGAUAGGCCUCUUAAGACCUUUCAGUCUAGAAGGAAGACUGAUGACAAAUAUCAGGUAAAGACAAGUGUUUGGGGUGGUUAUCAUUAGAAGUCAUGGGAAGAACACCUUUCUGUUAAAAAUGGCUAGGGAGAGUCCCAAAACCCACUGACCAUCUUUCAGCUGUCCUGGAGGUUUGUGAUGGGUUUACAAAUUAAUUACCAAUUCUGUGGCUUCCCUGCAGAAUCCUCACAGAUGUGCUAUCUCUUCUUCCAGCCUGGGGCCUCUUAUCACUCAUUCCUGAGGGAGUCAUUCUUAAUUUGAGUAUCAUUUAAAAAAAAAAAAAAACAAGUAUUGUUAAAAACAGACAAACCAGAGUUGCAAGUCCACCAUCUUUUUUUGCCCUCUUUUACACUGUUGUAAGCUGAAUCUAGAACAUUCUGAGGAGAGCAUCUGGGCUUCAGUGUCAUUGUCAGGUCUCUUUGCAACUAAUUUAAGACCAGUAACUGCAACCAACUGCAAUCCUGACAUACCCUCAUGAUGUUUCCCUUGGCCAGAUAUGCACUCAGUAGUCUCAAGAUUCAGAGAAUUCAGCAAAUUAUGGCAAGACAGAGCCACAUAAAACACUCACCAGAUUUUCGUGACAAACAUGGCAUUACAGUGCUAGCUAGUGGAACCACUUUCUGCCUUGUUGCAUGGGUGUUUUUAACUACACAGAUGGAGAUAGAAUGGAAUCCAUCUCCUGUUGGCAGAAUUACCCUACCUAAAAGAGUGGAAUGAUCAGUAACCAUCACCAUUAUUAUAAUUCAGAAUUGUUUCAAAACCAAUUGUCUUGUGAGCACUCUGUCACUCAUUAAAAUGUAUGUACUUGAAAAAAUACAAUUCUCUUGAAAUCUUAAAAAAGUAUUGUUGACAAAUAAUAAAAUUGUAUCUAUGGAGUAUAGUGUGAUAUUUUGAUAUCACAUUAUAUGCAUUAUAGAAAGAUUAAAUCAAAGCUGGGUGUGAUGGUGCAUGCCUGUAAUCCCAGCAGCUUGGGAGGCCAAGGCAGGAGGAUCACAAGUUUGAGGCCAGCCUUGGCAAUGUAGCAAGACCCCUGUCUCAAAAUAAAAAAGGGCUGGGAUGUAACUCAGUGGUCAGGCACCCUUGGUCAGUUACCAGUAACAACAACAAAACACCAUUGUCAAGCUAAUUAAUAUAUCAAUCACCUCUGGCAUACCGUUUUUUGAUGAUGCAAAUGUUUAAAAAUGCUUUUUUGGCAGUUUUGAAAUCUAUAAUAUAUUAUUAGUUACUGCACAGUUCUCACUUUUGUGUGUUUGGAACUUUAUGCCCUUUGGUCAGCAUCUUCCCUUUCCCUGAUCAUUUUCCCCUUCUUCUGGUAACCGCCAGUUUCUAUGAGUUUAAUGCUUUUCAAUUUCACAUAUAAGUGAGGUUAUGCAUUGUUUCUUUCUGUGCCAGGUUUAUUUCAUUUUGCAUAAUGUCCUGCGUGUUCAUCCAUGUUGUUUUAAGUGACAGAAUUUCCUCCUUUUUCAAGGCCAAUAACAGUCUAUUGUGCAUGUGUGCACAUGUAUGUGAAUACACAUGCCACAUUUUCUUCAAUCAUUCAUCCAAGUUUGGACACUGAGGCUGUUUUUGUUUAAGCCUCAUUUUUUAAAGAUUAAUAGUGAACCAUCUGUAGAAACUUGGCCCCACAGGAAAGCACUAUCCGAAAAGGAUAAUGCAUUCCAUUCAUAUGAAUGUUACCACAUUUAAGCAGUGGCAAGUGUAGAUCAGCUUCUUUUCUGGUUGGUCUAACAGUAAAUGAUACUUCCAUAUUCCAGCAUGGAUCAGGACCCAGGCACCUGGGUACUUCUAAACCUGUUGUGGCUCCUGGAGUGUGUGGCAGCAAGGAACAGUUGGCUGUUUGCUUUCUUGGGCUUUUUUGAGUCGAGGCUGGGAGUGUAAUAGACAAAUUCUGGUUUCCUGGGAGGGAUGCAUCAAGAACCAGGGUUUGAGUCAGGCCCCUUACUGUUUAACAACUGGACUUGGAACAUCCCAGAAUGCCAAUAGUCUGUUUCCCACUGUGGGCAUCAGGUAUGGUCUUGCACCAGAUGGGGACCUAGACUGCCUUAUUUUAAUAUCAAACACCCCUAUUGAAGUUGUACCAACUCCACCUCAAGGGGGGAGGAGGCAGCUUGAGAGGCAGGACCCCAUCACAGGUAAGCAUGGCAUCAUGAUUUACCUGCCCCUGCUGUUCCAGGCCUGCUGCUUGGGCUUCCUCCAUACCACAGUGCUUCCUCCAGGGAGUCUGGGGCGGGGGAGUUUGGAGCAUCUUGGAGCAACUGGGCACCCAGAGGAACUGGCCUAGUCUAGCUGCAUGUGAAGAAAAGGAGCGAGACUGGUUUUUGCUCAGCUCUCUGCAUGACCUUCCACAGGGUUAUUUCUUGUUGGAACUGGUGGGGGUGAAGCCCUAGGCAGUGGGAGGGGCCUUGAGCUAGGAGUUCCCUAUGCUGCCCUUCCACAUCCACCUUGUGUCCCCAUUCCCAUUCACCCUUGAAGAGGCAGGGCAGGUGACUUUGGAAAUCCUUCCCCAGCCACCUUAAAAGCCACCACCCUUCCUGAGUGCUUUUUUGGGGGAGGAAGGUACUGGGGAUUGGACUCAGAGGCACUCAACCACUGAGCCAUAUCCCCAGCCCU